CACCACCUCGCCACCGACGCCAUGCCGCCGCCGCGCCGUCUCCUCCUCCUCCCUCUCCUGCUCGCCGCCCUCCUCGGCGGCACCGCCAGCGCCCUCUCCGUCCCCGCCGUCGCCGCCGCCGCCGCCGAGCUAACCGGUAAGCUCCACGCCUCGCACACCCCUCCCCAAAUCCCUGUAAAACUAAACCCUAACCCUAGCCGUCUCGCAGUCGCCUCGCACCCGCCGGCCUCGCUCCGCCUCCCGCCGGCGGGGCCGCUCGCCGGGGACGCCCGCGGCCCCUUCUGCACGCGCGUCCAUCUCCGCGCCCGCGCCUCCCGUUUCCGCGACCCGUCCCGCUUCUUCCACGCCCUGCGCCUCCGCGCCAACGCCUCCCGCCCCGACGCCCUCGAGCUCUGCUUCCACCGGAAUGCCACGGUUGGUCCGUGCAAGUGCGCCGCCUCGCAGUGGCACAAGGUGCCUAAGAGCGGGCUCUGGGCGCAGUCCCUCUCGCCCUACGACCACCGGAUCAUCGACUUCCGGAUGCCGGCGGACCCUUCGAGGUCCGUCGUGGUGUCCACGGAGGAAGAGUUCUUGUUCCACAGGGCGUUGUUCCUGGUGCUGGGGGUGGUGCUGAUGGCACUGGCCCACACGCUUAGUCAGUCACUAGUGUUCUACUAUGGUGGCGCCAUGACCAUCGGCAUUUUCCUUGUGGUGCUGAUUAUACUCUUUCAGGGAAUGAAGCUUUUACCUACUGGCAGAAAGAGUUCGCUUGCUAUUUUUGCGUACUCUUCAGUUGUUGGCAUGACAACAUAUUUUCUGCACUAUUUGUCGGGACUGCUGCGUUCAAUUCUUGUGGAAAUGGGAAUCGCUGAAGACAUGCAUAAUCCUCUGGGAAUAUUCCUUCUUGUUUGCGUCAUCCUAGCUGGAGCCUGGUUUGGUUUCUGGGGAGUCCGUAAACUUGUUCUAACGGAAGAAGGAUCUGUUGAUACUGGCGUGGCCUAUUUCGUCGAGUGGGCUAUCUUGAUUGUUUCUGCUGUCUUGAUCCUCCAGAGUUCUCUGGACUAUCUCCUUGCAUUCGCAGCUUUAGUCUGUUGUAUAAUCAUCAAGACAUUUUCAAGGAUUGAAGGGAUGUCAGGAUUUAUACGCCGUUUAUUAAGUGGACUUUCCAAGGGCAUCACACGAGGCUUCUCCCGCUAUGAAGAUUUGGGAGGGUAUUCCAACACAAAUGGAGCUCACAAAGAUGGGUUUAACAAGCUUCAUGGUGAAUACCUGAAACACACACCAAGAAGAAAUUCACCUCUUUCAGGCUCGCAGAAGAAAAUGCCGUCACAAGUUCUUGACAGGGAAAGCUACUAUUCGACCUACCACACUACCCCAGAGAGGAGGAAGUUUACGAAAGAGGAAUACGAAGCAUUCACCAAAGAAGAGACACGAAAGGGUAUGCAACAGUUACUGUCCUCGCCGGAUUUCAACAGGUGGGCGCUUGCGAAUGCGGACAGGAUAUCGGUGACUCCAGCAGGAUCUGGACGCAGCAGCAGCAGCAGCAGCAGCCAGGAGCGACAUCGUUUCUUUGGAUUGUUUUAAGCUGUUUAUGAUUACAGAUUUAUCAGUUACUGAUGUCUCGAGUGCUUGCAGAAACAUGUAUGAUUCAGUGAUUCUACGAAGGCUAGGCUAGGAUAGCAGCUGGAUGUUACCAGUGUUUUUAGUGGCAGACAGUCUUAGAGUCUAGUAUUAGGUUAGCUAUUCUUGUGUGCUCGGUUCAAACAUCUUGCUACUUUCUGUGUGCUCACUAACAUUCAGAAUUAAUAUUGUGUUCUGAUUUGCCA